UUUCUCCUGCUCGCGGUGUAUCACGAAAAACCUUCCGGAAAUAGACACUUAAAUCGAUCUUAGCAGGCCAAGCAGCUCGCUUCAGCCCCCGGCCCGGAAGAAAUAGCGAAGAAGUGCAACGUAAACAGGACUGGUUACCGUUUGCAAAACAACGGCCUACUACUUGUGAGUUCUACUCCGUGGCAGUAAUAGCAGAAGCAAAUGUUCCAUGCUGUGUGCGUACGUUGAAACGUCACGAGUCAACGGGUGGAGGGUUUAUUUGUUUGUAGAGCGUUUUGUGGAUUUAAAAGCGUCUAAAAUGGGCGAUUGCUUUGUAUGGUUGUAUGUUUGUGGUAUCUUCUCUCAUUAGCAAGAUGUAGAAUCAAGCCAUUCGUUUUCCAUUGAAUUCGCAUUGAAAUUAGAGGUGUUGCUGUUUACUGAGACAUCAACAGUGGUUGAGUAAGUGUUCUUUGUACGUUUAAUGUCGAGUUUAGAUGUAAAGCUAUAGCAGAGUCUUCUGUUUCGGUUCCAAAGUGUUCCGUUUUCAUCUAUUAAAACCUUUUAAUUUCUUUGCAAUCACUUUCUUUCCUUAUCUUCUCAAAGCAAUUACUCCUUCCAGAACGCUUUUCCCAGGUUUUGCAGAUUUCCCUUCUACACUUCUCACAUUGUGUCUCGUGGACAUUAAUAAUCUUCACCGUGUCUGGAAGAUUUUUUCCCGCACCCCUUCAAAACAAUCGGGAGAACCACUUCUCCCACGACUCCCACAGGAAACCAGGGGCGCAUUCAUUCACUUUCAUCCACAUUUUUUCCACUUCUUUUUACUUUUCACUCCCUUUUCGAGCAACCUCCCAACAAUGAGCCGUUAAUUAGGUACAUGUUUCUAUUCGGCCCAGCGAAGCAUUUUUCAUUCCUUUUCUUUUCAUGCCUCACGAAUCACACGACCAACGCGCGGCCAACCUAAGCAUCAACUCGUCCAUCCGUGGGUGUUAUCGAGCGGACACUUUCCCAUAACCCCUUUUUCGUUUGCUUCUUGAAGGUAAAAUCCUCGAAUCCUUUUGCCUCGAAACCCCGAUUUCAAUACCUGCCAACAAUUACUGUGUUGAUCCUUGCCGAGCGAGAUAUAUCCUUGCCGAACGAGAAAGGAUCCGCAAACCGCCCCGGAGGUGUUGUGGGAUAAAACGGACCGGGAGAGGUGGAGGUGGGACAAUUUUUCGCUAAACCGGCCACAUAUUCGCACAAAUUUCGGCGCAAACUGACCUUUUCCCAUCCCGGGCCACAGUGCAAUGAUGGGCACCUUGGCCGCGCAUUGUGUGCAGUGGAUUCGAUGCCUGUCCAGUAGGUCGAGCGUUACAAUUUCGAAAAACGCGCUAAACCCCUUUUGCAAUGCAGUUAUGGGUUUAUUGUUAUUAUUUGUACGAGGUUCGAGGCCGCCAGCUCUCGAUUUCCCCCUUUUCCUUCGUCCCGGGCCCGGGCGGUCAGGGUCAGAAGGAUGCAAGGGACGCGUGGCGUUCUCUGCGUGCGACCCAGCACUAAACGGGACCUUCGCUGAGGACACACCCCCUUUGCUCUCUGUGCAUAAUGUAGCUGAUUUAUGGGGCAAGGGUGUACGGGUGUGUGAGCCUUGCGACUGUACGGUUAUUACGAAGAGGAAGCUGUUGCCUUUUUUGUGUUACAUUUGGCCGAUUUGCAACGUUGCUAAAUCAUGUCAAGUAUAUUGGGAAAUAUUGGGCAAAUUAUUGAGAUUUUGAUGAAAUACUUUUAAAUUUUGUAUUUUUUUAUGAGUUUUUGAACUGCUUUAUCUUUUUAGGGCCCACGUGACUGUUUUGCUAAUAAAUGUUAGGUAGUCAAUAUUUUACACAACAAAUUUUAGCGCAAAAGUUCAGUAUGUGCAAGAGUUUGUUGUUCUUUUUUAUCUAAAUUUUUCAGCUUUUCAAUUAAAUUAUUUAUAUCACAAGAUAAUAAAGCAUGAAGUGUGAUACCUGGAACUAUAUAAACGAAUCAAAAUCCUAUUGGUUUAAAACUGUUUCGUGCUUAAUUAAUAAAUUUAAUGCACUUAAUUCAUCAAGCAUCAUUAAACAGACAAAAGAGAUGAAAAAUAUUAAUCUGUUUUUACUGUGAAGUUAACUGAAAUGAUGAUUGAUGAAUUAAAUUUAGUUUCUUUUUAUAUGAUGUAUAAUAUUUAUUUAUUUAUUGAUUUAUUUACUUAAAAUUACUCUUGUAUAAAGAACACUCUUUCAACUGUUGCUUGACGAAUAACACUUUGUAGUCCACUUUGUUUAAGGAAAAAAGGUUUUAAGAGGUUUUUUUUAUUAUCAAUUGUUCACAAAUUGUUAAAAGUUGUGCAGAGUUUACUAAACCUGGAAGAUCUUUGGAUUUUUUUUUUGUAUAAAACUUGCAUUAUAAACUCUGAUGAACCCUGUAUUACUCUAGCUAAGUUGCAAACUUUUGCCCGUAUUAGUUUUAUAAAUGGUUAAUUAUAGUUUUUUGUAAAUUUUGUAAAUUUUUUGUUACUUCAUUUUUAUAGACAAAGACUUUUUACUAAACUUCUUAAACAAACAACCCGCUCAUCUUCAUUGCGUGUGUUGCUUGAUUAUGGUCGAAACACGACCCAUCUCUCCUAUUCUGUAACCGCAAAAACUCUCCAAAAUGCAACUGUCAAUAACCAUGUACCCAUAGCCUGCAAUCAGAUUGAUUAAUCCAUCCAACCCACUAACACGCACACACACAGUCGCCCACACAAGCUAACCCUUUUUGCUGGCAUGCGGAAGCGGAACCGUUCUAGAGAAAAUAUUUCCGUAAUUGACUUCCCUCUUUCUCUUACUCUCUUUCUAUCUCUCUGUUUCCCUUUUACCUUCAGCAAAUCCAUAGAACCCCUAACCUAACUGUUCCGAUUCCGGUCCCGGUCCGGCAAGCGGCGGUGCGAUUUUGUUUAGUUUCCUAUUUUCGACUCAAGUGCAUCAUCGUACCCGUCGCCAGCCCUGCGGAGGAACCCUUUUUGGCAAAUGCGGGGCGAUUGACAUUGCUGUUGGUACCUGCGUGUGUGUCUGUGUGUGUGUCUGUGUGUGUUGGUGCAUUGGUGUGAAGCUGAUGAAUCCAUUUUCCACCAGGAGGGGGGGGCCCUGCUGGACGGUAAACAAAGCACGCGGUUGCUAUGUUUGAAUAGUAGAAGAAGCAGAAGAAGCGAGAUGUCAAAAGGGAUGUCAUCGUGGAAGCAGUAGAGCAAGAGAGAUGACAAAGCAAGCGAGAAGGCAGCAACACACAAACACGGAAAACGUUGAUCGUGCGGAUAGCAGAAUGGCGAACCAUUUUACUUACCCGGCUUUCGCCGGUCCCUUUUCCGGGAUUGGUCGAGAGUAAAAGGGUGCCGAAAGGGAGAACGAACCCGACGGUCAGCAGUGGAGUGGCACAGAUGGGCAGGGGGGGUAGAACAUUCGGGGACUGUCUCUUUCUAGAAAGGGUUUCACACGAGUGAAAUUUUGGCAAAGCCUGCUAGGCGAAACGGGAAGGGAAAGCGGAAUAAAGAAUUGCCCACAGGCAGCCGAUUUAAAUACGAAAAGGAUGAGGUGUCGGACGCACACGGCACAAUGGUGGAAGGUGGGCGAAACGGGGAUGGGAAUGAGAAGGGGCAGAGGGCUGGUGUGUAGGUGGAUGGCCCUACGCUCGGUAUAAAAGCAAACCGGUGGUCAAGUUCGGAGGUCAGUUCUAUUCAGAUUUCGAGCAGCGAAAGAACUUCUUGCUUGUGACAUUGGGACGCAAGCGUCAAAGAGCGUCAACGGUGAAUCGUUUGGUGUGUGCGGAAGCAUUUGUCGAAAGCAUUUGUGUGAACUCGUUCUGUGUGGUGUUUUGGAGCGAAGUGAAACCAAUCGAACGCUGGUUUGCGAAAAUGAUGGCUCAAUUUAUGAUGGACUUAAAAACAGAACCGCGCCUCAGCCCAUCGCUCUACUCGCCCGCAUCGCCCAAAAUGGCCGACUCGAACGGGCGGCCCCAGUCGACCGAUUCCGGCGUGCUGGACCUGUCCAAGCGGCGCGACUCGCUGGACGCUACCCGCAAAACACCCUCGCCCGCUUACCACUGCUUCAGCGAGGUGGCCGGUACGCCGCCCCCAAGCAACCACAGCUCCCCGCAGCAGUGCGAAGUGACCGAUUCGAACAACCCGGAAAGCACACUGCUGCUCAACUACAGCGAACUGGUGCGAGCUCGUCGCCUGUCGCCCACCAAAUCACUGCUCCAGUUCGAUGAGCUUGCUCACCACCACACACCGAGCGCGCAGCUCCCCCCGGCAGUCCAGCAAGCGUUCCAUCGGCACGGAUUGGGCCUGUCCAAACCGGAAACGGACAUUCUUCAGCAGCAUCUUCUUCAGCAGGUCCACCGAGCUGGCCCUAUUCCGGCGUACCUGUUGCCUGCCUCUGCGCUUCAUCAUCACCAUCACCAGCAGCAGCAGCAGCAGCAACAACAACAACAACAACAGCAACACCAGCAGACCUCUCCGGCACCCUUCUCUCCCAGCCCGAUCCGUCUGCGCGAACUGGACGCACUGUCCGAGUCCGGUUCGGAGGGCACGUCCCUUGUCAGCUCGAGCCAGCGCAAGCCGAAGGACCUGGAAGACGGUACCGUGCCGAAGGACGGCCAGCAGCAGCAACAGCAUCAGCAGUACCCGAUGGUGGUCGGCCGGGACGGUAAGCUGUCCCGCCCGUUCAAGGCGUACCCGCGCGAUCCGCUCAGCCUGGCGGCCGGGUUCGUUGCCAGCGACACCAUCCUCGAUACGAACUCCGCCGAAAAGUACAACCUGUUCCGGAAGCGCAUGCUGGAGCAGAUACACGCCGCCAACGGGGGCCAGCCGACCGUGUCCAAUCCGAAGAUGCGCCGGCUAGCCAACGCGUCCUCCUGCAAAUCGUCCUCCUCCAAUGCACCGUCCGCCGCGAUGAGCGACGCAUCGUCCGAAUCGUGCGAUGAAAAACCGCCAUCGGUCGAACACGUGGGCUCGAAUCGCGCGCUGCUACAGCAGCACCACCGUAGUAUGAUGGCGGGCAGUGAAAUGGCGCAACAUGUCGCAACCACCAAUCAGCGCCUGAUGACGACGCCAUCGUGCAAGGAUGCUGCUGCGGCUGCUGCUGCUGCUGCGGCGUGUGACGUCAUUGGUUCGUCGGAUGCGUCGGGGGCGGAGUCAAGCGCAACGAUCGCCGCGGCACCAAGCAAUGGCAGCAGUGGCAACACCAGCAGCACAUCGGUGAAAGAUUCGGCCUACUACGAACGGCGCAAGAAGAACAAUGCGGCCGCGAAAAAGUCACGCGACCGGCGGCGCAUCAAGGAGGAUGAAAUAGCGAUCCGGGCCGCGUUUCUCGAGCGGGAAAACAUUGAGCUAAAGUUUGAGCUGGCGGCCGCCCGGAAGCAGCUCGCACUGUACGGCGUGACGACGUCGGUUGCCGCUUCGUAGGACAUUGGCCAAUUGGGUGUGUAAAUAGAGGGCACAGUUGAAUUAAUAACUAUUGUACAGUGAAGUGCUGAAAGCGGUUAGAGGAUGCAUUCGCUUGACGCGAUCGUCCGAUGCACGCAUUCAGCGCGUUAGAAUAAGGGUGGUAACAAAGUAGGCGGAAGUGUUUAUGGGGAUUUUCUCACCUCGACUCUUCGAUGACUGAUACCUGCAAGCAGUAUUCACUAGUUAAGGCACAUUUAGCUUGUAAGAACCGCAAAACUGAAAAUAGAAAAACCAUUCGUCAGAAAA